AUGGGAAAUAAACUAUAACAAUCUCAAUAACAAUUGAAUUCUUACCCAUAAGAGAGUGCUUUUCAAUUUUCAAAUUAAGAUCAAAGUCUCUAAUCAAGACUUACACAUUAAUUAAUUGAAAUAAAUUAGUCUCUGCAAGAACCAGCUAUAACUGAAUAUCAGGAUAGUUUAUAAAACAAUGCUUUCUCGGAGCUUAUUCAUUAAUAAAAUUUCAAAUUUUAGAAGAAAUGCAUUUUGAAAGUCUUGAUGAUUUUUUUAAUUUGGUCAUUAAUUCAAUUCUUCAUCCUAUAUAUACUCUUAAAAAGAGAAAUGUUUAACCUUAUUGACUUAAUAUCUCCUUAUUUAUUCCAUAUUUCAGUAAUUUUUAUGUAUGGAAUAGCUAAAUUUGGAACUGUUAAAUUCUCUAGAAAGGUAGAUUCAAAAUAUUAUUCUAUAGUAUCCUUAAAAUUGCCUAAUAUUAUUGCUUCAAGUGUAUUUUACUACCUAAACUUAUAUGACUUUUUGUAGAUCCUUUAGCAAUGAAAGAAUACAUUUUUCAAAUGGAAUAUAAAAUACUAGUAAUCUUUAUUUAUAUAUUAUGCUAGCUGCUGAUUUAGUUACUAAAUAUGCUGUACAAUAAUUUCUAUUUAAUAUUUUAAUUACUUCAACUCUCAUUAUUUAUAUAGUUAUUGAAAAGUAAAGAAUUCGUCCAAUUGGUAAACAUUAUUAGUAUUUUAGUUGCCAUAGCAUUAUGUUGUGUCUCUAGUCUUAUUCCUUUAAUAUUUGAUCAUUGGUUAUUUGUCAAUUCCAUAGUUGCUUCUUUAUAUGGAUCUACAUUAGUAGUGGUCAUAUUGCAAAUAAUGAAAGGAAGAGUAAUAAUUAUUAAAUAUUUUAUUAGUUUGAAUUGGAAACAUCAAACAUAAUAACAGCCACUAACAUCCUUUUUUAUGGACUUAUCUCUCCGAUUGAUCUAAAAUGA